AUGGCCCACCUCCCCCCACCAAACCACCGACCGGGUACGACGAACUCGAGCCGCGGGGCAGCAGCCCCAGGAACAACAGCAGCAGCAGCAACAGCGCGCGGGGGCAACACCAACAACAAUAACAACACAGCAGCCGGCGGUGGCGGUGACGGAGGCGUGCGCCGCAACCUCUUCCAGAGCCAUCUGAAGCGCCGCCCGACCCCGACGACCUCGUCCUCCAACUCGGCCGAGACGCUGCGGCUCGACGUCGACGUGCUGUCCGACACGUCCGAGAUCGUCAUCCGCGACAAUAAUGGCGACUUCGACGUCGGAGACCCGCCCAUGCCGCCGCUGGACGAUCCGGACGAGGUCGCGCUCGACGAUGCGCAGGAGAACGAACGGGAGAGGCAGAAACUGGCCGAGGCUGUCAGACACCAUCAGAUCAACCACACCAGGACGCCGGCUCAACCAGAAGAGGUGCUAGAAGUACUCAGGGCGAGCAUGAGGGCCAAAGUAGCUGCACUCGGCGAAGACAACUGGAUGUACGAGCCAGAGGAGCAAUCUUUGGCACAAUGA